AUGGCUACAGAUUCUCUGCUCCUCCAACUCGAAACCUACCAUCGAGUGUCCCUCCUCAUGUAUGCCUGCCUCUUAUGGCUUGUGUAUCUCCCAUGCCGCCUCUGGCGGCGCAUAAAACCUCUCGACUUCUUGCCAGCCGGACUGCGCACGAUACUUUCCCUCCCACCCGCCGCUAGCGAUGCAGCCCCUACAAAGGGAACGGUCCCCGAGAUCCACUGGCCUCACUUUGACUCGACUGACUACUUCCGCAUCUUCUGUCAUUUCCUAUUCUUGAUCACGCUCCAAGUCUACAUCGCUGCCAGUCGGGAACGUGACCUAUGGCUCUGGGGCAACUCGCGCUUCAAGUCCACGUACGGCAUCGAACUCCUUCAUGGCCUUCCCUACCCGCGAUGGGGGCCCCGGGUUGACCCACGACUCAUGGCAUCUCACGGGGAGCUUUGGGAUCGCAUGACCUUUAUCAUCGGUUUAAUACCCGAGUUCCUAGUAGCGUCCUAUCUCUGGCUAGACCGGUACUUGGCGCUGCUAGGUGGUGCUCUUUGGACAGUUUUGAGGCGCACCAUGGGCGACGGAGUACUUCAGCAGGCUUUCGGAUAG